AUGUGGUUUUCGACUUUGAGUUUGGCGCAGCAGAACUACACAUCAUUCGUGUUAUGCAUCUCAUCAGCUUUUGCCGUUGGUCUGAGUGGAGUCGUUCCACUCCUCUUCAUCCCAUUUGAAACAAAUGUCCAUGGAAAAUCAGCAAAUUUCAGAUAUCUCAAUCGAUGGUUAAGUUACGCUACGGGCAGUUUGCUUGGUGAAGUCUUCAUUCACCUUCUACCUGAGACCUGGUCUAACCAAAAUGGUUCUGCUAGUCUUUCAUCACACUGUAUAAUUAUUGGUGCCUUAUUUUUCUUUCUCAUUGAGAGGCUGUUUGGAAACGGUUCCAAGAUGAAGCAGAUCGAGGGAUAUCUCAAUCUACUUUUAAACGUUAUUGACAACUUCACUCAUGGCGUUGCUAUUGGGGCAAGUUAUUUGGUUUCGCUACGUGUUCGGAAUGUGUUUUAUACCAACAUAUGGUAUGUCAAGUGCUUUUAUUCUCUUUUCGGUGCUUUCCCGUUUACCGACUUCCCGUUUGUUUUGUGA